CGCGCCCGGGCGCAGGCCUGCGGAGAUGCCAGCUGGAAACCAGGAGCCCGCACGCCGGCGGGCAAGUACCUCCAACAACGUCAAUUCCUUCCAUUCUACAGCAUAUUACAAAUAUUCUUUACAGCCAGAAAGCUGAAGAUCAGAGAGUACUUUGCUCCUACAGCUUCACAGUCAGUGGCACAACCAAGUCUUGUCGUUGAGCCUAGGCUUGAUCUUUCCACAAUAUCAAACUGCUUCUUAUUAAAUAGCCUAGAUUUGUUGAGCAUGUGAAUGUGCAUAGCACAGUUUGCAUGGCUGCAAUCCCAGUGACCAGGGAGGCUGAUGCAGGAGAAUCCAAAGUUCAAGGCCAGCCUCAGCAAUUUAGCAAGAUCCUGUUUCAAAAUAAAAAAUAAUAAAGGGCUGGGAAGGUAGCUCAGAGGCAGAAUGCUCCUGGGUUCUAGUCCCCAAACUGCAAAAACAAAACAAGAUCUCCAAAUAUUGCAAAUAGUUUAUUACGGGUCCCUUUGUAAUAGGAAUUUAUAACAGGUGGGUGACUUAGGCAUAGAAAAAAAUCAGUGGUGUUAAAUAAAAUUCACAAAAAGCCAUUAUUUGAACUGACCUCCUGCAGUGUGCACUGACCAGACCAAAUCAGAAUGAAGUCACUUGACCUAGAUGCCAGUAAUCAAACUGGUCUUUAAAUGGUCUCCUUUAAAAAACAAAACAAAACAAAACAGGAGAUUCACAGCAACCAAUCAGAAAGAGCUCAGUCUAGUGGGCCAGCAUAAUAAAGAAGUUCCUAUUUUAACCCUCUAAGGAAAGUUAACUUUCAUCCUGCUUUUCAUUCUUUAUUUCUUCAUCCUUUUUCUGCCUGUUUAGCUAACCACCUCUGCUCAGAUCUUGGAACAACUAUUUUCAUAGAUGAGAUGCCACCAGAACAACUAUUUUCAUAGAUAAGAUGCCACCAGAACAACCAUAGAUGAGAUGCUGCCAGAUUCAUAGCUCACUAAUGAAAGCCAAUUAGAUCUUUAUUUUUUGACAGGUGACAACAUAAAACUGGAUAUUAUACUUAAUAUUAACCAGAUAUAGGUUAUGUAUGCAUGUAUUAGUGAUCAUAUAGUUCUUUAUCCUUGUAUAAAUAACCUUAGGCUUUGCAGAACUACAUGGAAGUACCAAAAUCAAAUUUGUGCCCUGGAAUUUAGAACUAUUAGAGAAAACAAAUGCUUCCCUGGAGAUAGUUUACCUUUAUUUUUUGGUUGGGUCGGGGUGAGUACUGCAGAUUGAGCCCAUGGAUGCUCUACCACUGAGCUACAUGCUCAGACAUUUUUUGAGACUGGUUCUCACUAAGUUGCCCAAGCUGGCCUCAAACGUGGGGAUGUAGCUCAGUGGAAUAGCGCUCCUGGGUUCAAUUCCCAGUGCCCCCUUCUCCCCAAAAGCAAAUACUGUGGUUUAUUUACUUUUUUUCUUGAGUUAGGGUCUCACUAAGUUGUGGAGGCUGGCCUCAAAUUUGUAAUUCUCCUGCCUCACCCUCCCCAGUAGCUGGGAUUGCAAGUUUGUAUGUAAUAGGGGUUCACUUGAUGCUUUGACUAUAUAUAUUCCUUGUGGCUGUGAAACUUACAUGUUUUCUUCUUUUCCCCCAAUCUUCUUUUUCCUAAAACUUCUGCUCCCUGAUCUUCUUUUCCUUAAACUUCUUGCUUAUUUCUCCUUCCUAAUCUCAUUUUCUCUGAAUCACCUCUAUAAAAGCCCCCUUUCAUACUUUUAUGACAGAAUCACAGCUGUUGGGAUAGGAAUCCCCUGCAUUUCUCCUUUGCUAGCAAAGUAAUAAAUCUUCUUUUUCCUUUUUCACAAAACCAUGUCCUCGCUAUUGGAUUGGCAUCGGAGACAAGGAGCAAGCUUUCAGCAAUAUGUACUACAAGCCCUCCAGGCGGGGACAGCCUGCAUACAGGCAGCUGGCUUGGAGAGCUUUAACGCCGGGAGCUAGUUAUCUUGCCUGGGGUCCAGUCUUUAAAGCCACCUCCUCCGCCCAGGGAUCCCGCCCCACUGGCCGGGCCUCCUCCAUGCAGUUGAAACAGGUUGACAACCAUUAACGUGGGUUGCAACUACAGGUGGCACUGGAAGCAGACUGGUUCCCGGACAUGCCCGGUGGAAGGAGGGGCCCUAGUCGGCAGCAGCUAAGCCGUUCAGCUUUACCUUCUUUACAGACUUUGGUUGGUGGGGGCUGUGGCAAUGGAACAGGCUUGAGAAACAGGAAUGGUAGCACUAUUGGCCUUCCAGUUCCACCUAUCACAGCCUUAAUCACCCCAGGUCCUGUGCGUCAUUGCCAAAUUCCUGACUUGCCUGUGGAUGGGAGCCUGCUUUUUGAAUUUCUUUUCUUCAUCUACCUUUUGGUUGCUCUGUUCAUUCAGUACAUCAACAUCUAUAAAACCGUGUGGUGGUAUCCUUACAAUCAUCCUGCCUCUUGUACUUCACUGAAUUUUCAUCUCAUUGAUUAUCACCUGGCAGCGUUCAUCACGGUGAUGCUCGCAAGGAGGCUUGUGUGGGCCCUCAUCUCUGAAGCCACCAAGGCGGGUGCAGCAUCUAUGAUUCACUACAUGGUUCUGAUAUCAGCUCGCUUGGUGCUUCUCACUUUGUGUGGAUGGGUACUUUGUUGGACCCUAGUCAAUCUCUUUCGAAGCCAUUCAGUACUUAAUCUCCUCUUCCUUGGCUAUCCGUUUGGUGUUUAUGUUCCUCUCUGUUGUUUCCACCAAGAUAGUAGAGCUCAUCUUCUUCUCACAGACUAUAACUAUGUGGUACAGCAUCAGGCGGUAGAGGAAAGCGCCUCAACUGUGGGUGGCUUGGCCAAAUCCAAAGACUUCCUCUCCUUAUUGCUGGAGUCUUUAAAAGAACAGUUUAAUAAUGCGACACCCAUCCCCACCCACAGCUGCCCCCUAUCUCCAGAUCUCAUUCGAAAUGAGGUAGAAUGUCUGAAAGCCGAUUUCAACCACAGAAUCAAAGAAGUUCUCUUCAACUCCCUCUUCAGUGCCUACUAUGUUGCAUUUCUCCCUCUGUGUUUUGUGAAGAGUACCCAGUACUAUGACAUGCGCUGGUCAUGUGAACACCUCAUUAUGGUGUGGAUCAAUGCUUUUGUCAUGCUUACCACACAGUUGCUGCCAUCAAAAUACUGUGAUUUGCUACAUAAAUCAGCUGCUCACCUCGGCAAAUGGCAGAAGCUAGAACAUGGGUCCUACAGCAAUGCUCCACAGCACAUUUGGUCAGAAAAUACAAUAUGGCCUCAAGGGGUGCUGGUGCGGCAUAGCAGAUGUUUAUAUAGAGCCAUGGGGCCUUACAACGUGGCAGUGCCUUCAGAUGUAUCCCAUGCCCGUUUUUAUUUCCUGUUUCAUCGUCCAUUAAGGCUGUUAAAUCUACUAAUCCUUAUUGAGGGCAGUGUUGUCUUCUACCAGCUCUAUUCCUUGCUGCGGUCGGAGAAGUGGAAUCACACACUUUCCAUGGCUCUCAUCCUCUUCUGCAACUACUAUGUUUUAUUUAAGCUCCUUCGGGACAGAAUAGUAUUAGGCAGGGCGUACUCCUACCCACUCAGCAGUUAUGAACUUAAGGCAAACUAAGCUGUCUCUCAACAGCGAGGGAGAACUCAGAUAAAAAUAUUUUCAUACGUUCUAUUUUUUUCUUGCGAUUUUUAUAAAUAUUUAAGAUAUUUUAUAUUUUGUAUACUAUUAUGUUUUGAAAGUCGGGAAGGGUAAGGGAUAUUAAAUGUAUCCAUAAACAAGGUGAUGUGAUCUUUCAUGUGUUAGUACAUUUGAAUAAUACACGUGUGAGAGGUAUGCCUCUCUAGUAAAAAGAUUGAUUUGUUUGUAUGA